UCUUGUUUCUUGUUUCUUGUUUCUGGUCUCUUGAGCAGCGGUCGAUCUCUCUCUCUCCCCUCUUGGUGAAAGAGUCCUGAAGCGAUGUUCACACUCUUAAGAGAUCCUCUUCUCCAUCGAGGCCGCAGCCCCCAUAGGAACGUUCCCCUCCUCCUCCUCCUCCUCUCUCUAUCUCUUUCAACGCUUUUCUUUCUCUUUUCGCCCUUUUCCCUCAAAAAAUGGCGCCCCGUAAAAUUAUAAACAAUCCUUCUCAAUUUCCAGGUGUUUCCUCUCCGAAACUCUGGAUACCGUUGCAACUGUGUGUAUGUUUCUUGCUGGGAAAGUUGAAGAGACUCCCCGUCCACUUAAGGAUGUUAUUGUUGUUUCUUAUGAGAUUAUAUAUAAAAAGGACUCCACUGCACCCCAGAGGAUCGGACAACAGAAGGGGGAGUCACUUGCAGAUCCUGGGAGAUAUCGAAGACUGGUUGGAGUUAUAUGAGCAACAAAAAGAACUUGUUUUACUUGGUGAGAGAGUUGUACUUGCCACUCUGGGCUUUGACCUCAAUGUUCAUCAUCCAUAUAAGCCCCUUGUUGAAGCUAUAAAGAAAUUCAAGGUUGCACAAAAUGCUCUUGCUCAAGUUGGGUGGAACUUUGUAAAUGAUGGCCUCAUCAUAUUGCGGGCAGGUGUCAUUUUCCUUACUGCCAAGUUCCUCAAAGUGAAGCUUCCAUCUGAUGGCAAGAAGGUCUGGUGGCAAGAAUUUGAUGUCACCCCACGCCAAUUGGAGGAGGUUAGCAUUCAAAUGCUGGAACUGUAUGAGCAAAACAGAGCGCCCCAAUCUCAGGGUAGUGAAGUUUAAGGAAGUGCUGGUUCAGGGUGAACUUAUCGCCCCCCAAAAACUCCAGCACUAAGUGAGGAACAGGCUUCAAAGCAACUGUCAUCCUGUCUAGCAAGUGAACACCGACAUCUUGAAAACCAUGGAGCUGCACCAAGAACAUCUCAGGGUAACCGAAAUAAUGAUGAUGGAAGUGGAGAGAUAGGUAGUGUUAUUACUGACCAUAAAGUGGAUACAGAGACUACAAGAUAAUGAUCAUCCUGAGGAACUGUCCCACAAGGACAACACAGAAGAAGUUCAAAACAAAUCUAAAUCUGGGAUUGAGUGGAUAGGUGAAGAACAAGGAAUGACUGGUGGAAGGAAUGAGUGGAUUCUUGGGAAGGUCCUGUGAGCCAGUCACCCAGGGAAGUUAUUAAGAUGAUUGACAAAGAUAAGGUGACAGCAGCACUAGAGAAAAGAAAAAAGUCUUGAGGUGAAACGAGGAAAAAGGAUUGUAUGGAUGAGGAUGAUCUUAUCGGGAGGGAGCUGGAAGACGGUGUUGAAUUGGCAGUUGAGGAUGAGAAAAUCAAGUGGGAGCGCAGGCAAAGCUGGUCAAAAUCACAUGAGAAUUCAGAUCAUGGUAAGAGACCUGUGGAAACUGGAGAUGACAACAAUUUUGGCACCAAAGGACAGUCAUCAAGGGGAUCCACCGAGAAUGCUGAAGCAGGGGAAAUGGUUGAUGAUGCUUCCCUUACGUUGAACAGUCGAAAGAGAAAAGUUGGGAGUCCAGUGAAAAGGCAAUUGGAAGGAAAGAAGCGACAUGAGUACAUGUCGAGUUACAACCACUAUAAUGUAGAAGACGGACACAAGACGAGCCGCACUAAUUAUGCAGAUAGAGAAUACAGAAGGCAUCCGCAAGAGAGUCAUUUGUGAGGUAAGAAGAAAAAAAAUUGAUUUGGAAUCGGCUUUAACACAGUCAUUAUAUUCUUUUGUCAAUGAUGACUGACCAUUACUGUGAUCUAUAUGUUUGAAAGCCUGCCAUUAAUGAACUGGUCAGUCUGAUCUUUGGACACUGAAACUUUUGCCGAUUAUAUUACAGUUUGAUUUCGGGGUUGCCUCUAAAACAUGUUGAGAAAAUGAAAGAGCCUUGAGAAAGAAAGACUCUACUCUGGGUAAUAUGUCUCUACUCUUGAAAUGUAUGUGUUGAGAGCUUAUGGGAAAUGCUCCUAAAUGGGCUAAUAAUCAGUUUGGAAAGUGGUUGAUUGAUGGA